AUGUACUACAAACAUCGUGCAUAUUAUCUGGAUGAACUUUUAUUUCUUGAUACAAAUAUACCACAUGAAAAAAUAUUCUUUAUUGCUAGAGCGAGCACGAUUAUUCUCAAAGUAAAGGCUCCUGAAGACGACCAAUAUAAAUUGUUAAACGAUGCUACCCGUACAACAGAACAAACAUGGUUAAUACAAACAAUAUUACAUUACUGGUUGAACGGUACACGUUCAGCAAACGAAAUCCACCAGAAAACAAACAUUUCCCUUCGAACUGUUGAACGAAAAAGAGUGGUUGCCGCCAUUGGACAACAUAUACGUAACAACGAUACUAUUUCUAUUUCAACUCGACAACUUGCUGUAAAAGUGCAAGAAAUCAAGGAACAUCAUGGGCAGAAGCACAUAUGCAAGACAACUGGAGCCGCGCCAUCUUCACUGAUGAGACUGAAUUUGACCUUUUCCGAAGCAAAGUCCGUCGAUGGCAGUAAAACUCUUUCGGCGGCUACACGUCAGAAGAAACUGGUCGGCCAGAUUCAACUCUACACGUCCAACGUGGCGAAAAAUUUUAUUGCCGAAAAUAGGAUUAAGGCAAUUGAUUGGCCGGCAAAAGUCCCGACCCUAAUCCUAUGGAAACCUUUUGAAGGGGAAAGAGCGAAUGAUGGAGGAUUUUCUAUUAACGCUAUAUUUUUAUCGUCGAUGCUUUUAAACAUCGCUUUCCCAUCGACCAGCAUAUGGAUGACACGCGUACUAGGGAGUUUGUGUACCAAACCUAAAUUAAUUUCCACGCUUUACGCAAUACUCUGGACCGCUCAUGUUAUCCCUCACAGCAUGCAUCAUGAGAAGACUUUAGAACGGCAGAGAAUUAGAGACACAAAACCGGAGGAUAGAGUGAUAAAAAAAGAAACAAUAUGGAAUAUAUGUGUGGUCGAUAACAUUGAUUUUGUCGAAAAAACUUUUGCGUACGGAAAUAUUUUUGAUGCUGCUAGACGUAGUAUUCACGCCACAGUUAGAAUGAAAGACAAGUCUGUUCGGAGAGACAGAUUACGCAAAAGGAUUAUUACUUACAUUAUCGAAGAAGUUUUUCGAAAAGAUUCAAACACCUGGUGCCAAGAAACAGUUUUAGACGCCAUUAGACAAACUGUAAUUGAUGGAUGUAACGUUCCACCACCUAACGUUGUAAUUCUAAAACCGGGAGAAAGUCCAAACUGUAAUGCAAACGUGCAUAAAGCAUGCAAAAUGUAUUUUGAUGACGUUGGCACGGAGAACAGUGGUUGCCUCGAUAUUGUAUGUGAUGAAGCACUUUUUCGUCGAUUGAUUCCAUUCGAAGAACAACAUUCACAAUGCAGACUGAUGCUCGGUCAAUGGCAUACAUCGAAAAACAGUGCUGAACUAAAUCCUGAAGGAUAUAAAAGACUUUUUGAAUGUUAUGACAUUGGCGUCGCGCGCAUGAACGCAAUUCUACGGCAAGACGUUUAUAAAACGGAACCUAGAGUCGUGAAAGGCAGACGAGGAAAAAACGUCACAGUCCAUAAGUGGGAUCCAGAAAAAGGGAAAAGUCUUAUUCGAAGGUCCUCGAAGAAGCAAAAACAAUCGAAAACGGACGAUGAUGUCGAGAUGACGGGUUAG